CCGCAAUUCAUUUCCGAUAUUCGCCCCGCCCCGCCCCAUCGCUGGGAAUGUUUCAAUCCCAAUAGAAUACAUUUUCCACUCGCUUUUCCGGCGAAGUAGAGACGAUAAAUCGGCGACGGAGUAGAAAGGAAUGACGGAAACGGAGAACACAAUUGCCACCAGCAAAGAGAGAAACUCCGCCGAUCACUGCCGUAUCAGCAAUAAUAAAAGUGUGAAUAAUCCGGCAGAAGCUGGAGGUGUAGGCGAAGAGAAAAGUUCAUCAUCUUCAUCUGUGACCUCAUCAUCUUCAUUGAAGAAGAAAGGAAAAUCAUGCAAAGGAUGUCUAUAUUACUCGUCUGCUUAUAUAUCUGAUUCACGAAAUCCUCUAUGCCUCGGACUUGGCCGUUCUUUUCCUCAAGUACCUCAAUAUAUUGUUGGGAAAUCUGAGAUGCAAGCUUCUAAGGAGGGUAGGAACCUUACAGAUUUUAGAUAUGCUUGUAUUGGUUACUCCGUUUACCUGGAUCAGAAAGCUCGGUCAGCUGAUGGGCAAGGGGUUCAAACAGAAUUGCCGGUCUGUGCUGGCCUUGAGGUCUUGGUGGAUAGAAAGGUUAGUUCAGUUGAGGCAGCUCCUGGCCAUGCUCGUAAGAGAGAAGGAAUCAGUAAUUGCAAUGAGUGGAUCUGUCAGGAUAUAAUUACAAUACAUCUGCUUAAUGUAUUGUUAUGAGUUUCUUAAACAUCUGAAACCAUCAUAUUUUGCUGACAGCGGCAUUUAACAUAUGGAUUCGGUAGAAUCCAAUAGCUUUGGCCCGGAGUUUGUAUUUGCAUUAUGAAAUCUACUAAAUAUGUACAAAAUAAAUUUAGAACCCAGUUACUAACACUUGAAAUCGCUGUUUUAGAAUACAGAUUACAGAACUCAUAAAGUUCGAAUCCUUGAUCCAUUCUGAAUGCUGAUCAAAGUAAUGGCUUGGAGCAUUAUCUAUGAGUUAUGUGUUGUUGAAGGUAUUUUGUAUAUUACCAUGAGUUUAGUGAUAUACAUAUUUUAAAGAGAUAAAUUCUCAUGUAAUAACAUAUAAGAGUGGGGGUUAAUCAUAGUUAAAUGGUCUUUAUCCUUACUAGAAGAUGAGAGAGAAGUACAUGUAAGGACUAUUUUACUAUAUGAUUAUUCCAUGAGAAACAAUGACCACUCAACAUAGGUUAGUAGUCUUAGAUGUAAAGCUUAAGAGUGGAAUGAGAAAGAUGACUUGUAAACAACUGCGAACUGGGUGGUGGACAUUAAAGGGCGCUGUCAGUUAGCCUUUCGAGAAAAACUAUGAGAAGAGGGAGCUUGGGACUUAGAGGGGGACAUAGACAUCCUGUGGAAGGAAAUGUUAGGUUGAUUAGAAAAGUAGCAAGGGAAGUGUUAGGUGUGUCUAAAGGUUUAGGAUCUCCAUCACAGGAAUCCUAGUGGUGGAAUAGGGAGGUACAAAGAGUUAUUAAAGCCAAAAGAUAGUGUUACAUGAAGUUGCCAAAAGCAGAAGACAAAGAAGCCUUUGAAGAAUACAAGAGAGCUAAAAGAGAACCUGAGAAGGCUAUUAGUAAAAGCCCAAUGGCAAGCUCUUGAUGACUUGGACCAAGAGCUAGAGACAUGAGAAGGGGAGAAAGAAAUAUUUUAACUAGCACGAUUGAGAGAUUAGAAGGGUAAGGAUUUAAGUCAGGUGAAGUGUAUUAAAGACGAUUUAAGUUGAGGGUUUAAAUCGGUUGAAGUAUAUGAAAGAUGAUUUACAACAAGUUUUGACGGGAGAUGACGAGAUCAAGAAGAGGAGAUAGAGAGGCUAUUUUGAUCAAUUGUUCAACUCGAACCAAGAGAAUAACAUUUAAGACCUCCACAUGUCUGUGUACAAUUGAAACUUUAGCUACACUCGUAGAAUUAGGCCAACAGAGGUAAAAAUGACAUGAAAAGUAUGAGGAAAGACUUGUGGUCCAGAUAGUAUACCUAUAAAGGUUUAGAAGUAUCUUAGAGAGGUUGGAUUAGAAUGACUCACCAAGAUAUUCAGUGCUAUACCAAGUGAUAGGAUGCCUAGGAGUGGAGGAAUAGUACUCUGAUUCCAAUUUAUAUGAACAAAUGAGAUAUGCAAAGUUGUGCCACUUAAUUCAUGAGUCAUAUGAUGGAACUUUGGAAAGAGUGAUAGAGACUAAAUUUAGGAACACGACAAGAGUGGCAUAGAACUAGUUUGGAUUUAUGCCAUGUAGAUCUACAAUGAAGGGAAGAUUGAUGGAAAUUUAAAGGAAGAAAGAUCUAACAUGUUGUUCAUUGACCUAGAGAAAACAUAUAUGAUAAGAGUACCAUGAAAGUCCUUUGGUGGGUGAUGGAAAAGAAAAGAAUUCAUAUUAAACAUAUAAAUUCCAUAAAGAACAUGUAUGAAAGAGUCAUCAGUAGCUUAAAAACAUUAGCAGGAGAUGCGAAGAAGUUUCUCAUAAUAGUGGGUUAGCGUUGAGCUCCUACUUGUUUAGCCUAAUUAUGAAUGAGCUAACCAACACAAUACAAGAUGAGGUCCUAUGGUGUAUUUAUUUAUUGAUGAUAUUGUAUUAAUUAAUGAAACUAGUGAGAAUGUCAACCAAAAGCUUAAACUGUGGAAGCACCUUAAAGAGCAAGGGUUUCAGGAUAAGUAGAAGACGGAAGGCAUGCACUACAAGUUUAAUCAAUAUGAGAAGAGCGAAGGUGAGAUUAGACGGGAUUGUGGUACCAAAAUGCAAAUAUUUAAUAUAUCUAGGCUCAUUUUUCAAGAGAAUGGACUGAUAGAUGAAUAUGUUACUUGGGAUUAAAAUUAGAUGGUUGAGAUAAAGUACUAUCAGGGUGUUCUGUGAUGAAAGGAUGCCUACCAAAGUGAAAGAUAAGGUCUAUAGAGCAACUUUAAGAUUGACAAUGUUAUAUGGUAGCGAAUGUUGAGCCCCUAAAGCCCAACAUGUUCUCAAGAUGAGUGCUGCAGACAUGUGGUUGCUAAGAUGAAUGUGCCGUCAUACAAGAUUCAAAAUGACCACUUCGAGGAUAAAAUGAGAGGUCACUUGAGAUGGUUUGGUCAUGUCCUGUGUCGACCUACAAAUGCACUGGCUUGAGGUGUGAGACUUUGGUGAGUGAAGGUGUUAAGGGGUAGACCUAAAAUCAAUUGGAAGGAAGUGGUUUCGGAAGGUCUACUAAUCCUUGGAAUCAAUGCAGACUUUGCUAAAGAUGGGAUACAAUGGCAGAAAAUGAUUCAUAUCGGUGAUAAUACCUACUAGUUGGAGAUAGAUUUUACACUAGUUAGAGAACUAAUAUAUUAUAGUUGUAGCAGUUUAGCUUUGUAACCAUUUUUGCUUUUUCUCAAAUGUCCUUAACAACACAACAAAAACAUAUUAAUAAGAGGGACUUUAAGUACUGUCUUUUACCCAAAAUCUAAACCUGAUCUCCUCUCUCCUCAUUUCUUUUCUCUCUCCCUCGUCAAUGGUGACUCCAUCAACUGCAACAAGCAAAAAGCUGGGAAAUAGAUUUAAGACAAACAAUAAUUUUUCUUCUUAAAUACAUUUUGGAAGAUCAAGUUAGCAACCUGACCAUUGGAUUUUGGUUAGUGGGAAUGGUAUUUGGUUUUUGUAAUGCUAGAAGAUAAUCACUUGGGAAAUACAUAUUCACUUCAUCUAAAAUAACAAAACUUCAAAACUUUGCAUGAUUGGUUGACUUAGGUUUUAGGGGUAAACAGAAGUUUACAAAGGGCAAUCAAAACAUACGCGCCCCUCAAAAGAAUUAAAAAGAGGCCCGUUAUUCUUGUUUAGCUUCAGCUUCUACUAGAAACCCAGAUUUCAGUUUUGUUAUGUGGAUUCCAUUCACUACUCAGAUUAACAUCCUUGGAUCCUGGGCUUUAAGGUACUUCAGGGGACAUAACAAGCAAAGUUAAACAAUUAUGAUAUGUCAUGUUUAUGGCCCCCUCUAGGGUAAAAGAUGUAGUGUUCAAUUCUUAAAAGUGCACCCACUGUUUUUCUUCUCUAGAAUCCUUUUAUCUUGAAGAGAUGACGAUCAAACAGAAGAGAACAAUACCAAAUAAACUAUUUCGUUGGGAGAAGUCCUGAAAGGAGAACUUUAAAAUUUCAAUCUGUAGAACUGUACAUGUUGACAUUCAAAAUGUAUUCUGUUUCGAUUUAUUUGUCUUAGUUUGACUUGACCCGGAGUUUAAGAAAGAAAGGAAGAUUUUUGAAUCUUGUUGUUUUAAACUAAAGAUAUAUUUAAUGUAUCAAAAUGCCUUUUAAUUCUGUGGUCUUAAACAUGCCAUGUGGAACGUUGAAAUUAAAGAGUUGUCAAAUUAGAAAAGAGACAUUUUUUUUUUAAACAUACUAAAAAGGGAAGUGUAAGACAAAACAAAUUGAAAUUGAGUGAGUAUUUGUUAUUUGAACGUGUUGCCAAAACAGAAUAUAGAAGCUUAUUGCCUGAUUGGAACUUCAAAGGUUUUGGUUCGCCUGUAGAACUUACUUGUUUUAGCUUUGCACCUUAGUGAAUCUAUAGACAAUGUUUUGCUAAAUUACAACUAGCAAAUGCAUUGAAAAAAUGUUGUACGAAAUUAGGUAUCUUAUUGCUUUGGUUGGCUUCGAUUAUUUCACCUCUUUGUUUUUCUCUCUAUAUUUAUAUUUAUCACUCACACACACAUGUAAAAAGGCUCAAGUGCUGAUUGUCCUUUUAAAUUCAUUUUGAUUUUAUUAGCAUAGUUUGGAAAGAAUUUUGUAAAUCACAACGCUUAAAUGGUGAAUGUAGUUUUUAGUUGCUCGUAAUUUAAUAUGCUAUUUAACUCAGAGCUCUUACUGAAACAUUUUUUUCUAAUUUAUGA